UGCGUUCCGGUAGUUGCGCAACACGGACGAAAAAAAACAGAGAGCGGACGUUUCAUUCCCGGUACCCCUCCAUGCGGAACCCACCAUCCCCCACCUUCAACUGUCCCCACGAAACCCACUCUUCUUCUUUUUCCUAUUUAUAAGCUUUGCACACAAGCUAAUCAAAUACCUCUCUCUCUCUCUCUGCAUACAUGCUCUGCUUCUCUGAGAAACAGAGCACAAACAUGGCUUCUCUCACAAUAUUCACUCUCUCAUGCCUGUUCUCAGUCCUACCAUUCUCCAAAUUCACAGAGGCGGCGGGGCUUAUCGGAGUGAACUACGGGAGGGUGGCGAAUGACCUGCCACAGCCGGCGAAAGUGGUGGAGCUGUUGAAAUCGAAUGGGAUUAACCGAGUCAAGCUCUACGACACUGACUCAGAAGUUCUCACUGCGUUGGCUAAUUCGGGGAUAAGUGUGGUGGUGGCGCUGCCAAACGAGCUUCUCUCCUCAACGGCCACGGACCAGACCUUCGCUGACAACUGGGUUCAAGCCAAUAUCUCCAAAUACUACCCCUCCACCAUGAUCGAAGUCAUUGCGGUUGGCAACGAAGUGUUCGCCGACUCGAAAAGCACCCAGUUUUUAGUACCGGCAAUGAAGAAUGUGUACAGUUCGUUGGAGAAGUACAACCUCUCUUCAAUCAAACUCUCAUCACCAAUCGCUCUCAGCGCGCUCCAGAACUCGUACCCAUCUUCAGCCGGGUCGUUCAAGUCCGAUUUGAUCGAACCCGUAUUGAAGCCCAUGUUCGAGUUUCUGCGACAAACCGGGUCGUAUCUGAUGGUAAACGCGUACCCGUUUUUCGCUUACUCUGCAAACUCCGAUAAGAUUUCGUUAGACUACGCUUUGUUUAAGGAAAACCCAGGUGUGGUGGAUUCGGGUAAUGGAUUGAAAUACACUACUCUCUUUGAGGCUCAAUUGGAUGCGGUGUUUGCCGCCAUGAAAGCCGUCCAAUACGACGACGUAAAGGUGGUGGUAUCUGAAACUGGUUGGCCGUCAAAGGGAGACGAGAACGAGAUUGGCGCAGGUCAGGAGAAUGCGGCGUCGUAUAACGGAAACUUGAUACGCAGAGUUUUGACGGGGAGUGGGACCCCCUUGAGACCACAGGACCCACUGAACGUUUACUUAUUCGCUCUCUUCAAUGAGAACCAGAAGACUGGGCCCACAUCAGAAAAGAAUUAUGGGCUUUUCUAUCCAAAUGAAGAGAAGGUGUAUAGUGUGCCAUUUACACAGGAGGAGUUGGAAAACGGGCAAUCAACGCCGGCGGCCAACGGGAGCAAGAGUCAAGUUCCGGCACCACCGGCCGGAGACAUGUCUAAGUCAUCGGUGGGACAGACUUGGUGUGUGGCAAACAGUCAGGUUGGGGAGAAGAAGCUUCAAGCUGGGCUGGACUAUGCUUGUGGGGAAGGAGGGGCUGAUUGUAGCCCAAUUCAGUCAGGGUCAGAUUGUUAUCAGCCCAAUACACUUGAGGCCCAUGCUUCUUAUGCAUUCAAUAGUUACUACCAGAAGAUGGCACGUGGGGCUGGCACGUGCGAUUUUGGAGGUGCUGCUUUUGUGGUCGCACAAGCUCCUAAGUAUGGAAACUGCGACUUCCCCACACGUUAUUGAUUUGGGAGUUGAUGAUGGGUUUAGUAUGGUGAUUUCAGCAUUAGAGAGCUAGCUAGAGACAUUUUAUUUUUUUUUCUUUUUCUAUGUAUUUAUUUUUUACAUAGUAUGAUUAUUAUUGUUCAGAUUGUUCUCAGUUUGUUGGACUAAUUUUAUUUUUAUUUUUCUUUCUA